AUCGUCACCGUGGAUUCUAUUCUUUUUGUUUGAUCCGGUCUCCGACGAAAGGUAGCCGCGCGAGUUUUCCUCUGGGCGUCCUUUGCCGCGGGCAUGCGCGUCGUCUGUUUUUCCAGCGGAGAAACGCGUCCACGUCCGUGAGAACAUAUGUGUCCGCGCCCGAUCGCCACGGCACGAGACAACAGAAAAAACCAGAAACAACCCUCGCCAGCUGCUUACGUCGACGCGUUCGCUGAAAUACGAGCACGUGUGUCCAAACGGAGCGAAAGAACGCACGCACUUCCCCGCUUACAAGUAACAGAUUGAUUUUUCAAGUAAUUUUGAAUGCCACGCGGAAAGGGGAACCCCGAUGUUCAUGGGAAUGCAUUUCUGGCAGAAGGCUGAGCCAACUGGCUCCGCGUUGUACCGAUAAGUUCUGGAAAAUCUCUGUUUUCGGCGCUCCGAGAAUAUUGUGAUCUUGUCGUGAAGCGAGCACAGCCGACAUUUGGCCUGGAACGACUUUAUGCCGGCAACUACGGCCGAAGAACGGUCCAAAGAGGGUGCAACAGGGUGCUAAGAGUAUUUUCUCUAAAAGCUGUACUCAACCGCCAAGAUGUUGCCAGCAAACGUGGUCUCCUUCGUCAAAAAGAUGGUGACGACGCAACCAGAUUCCGGAACAACCGGAUCGGUUACGCCGGAUGAAGGCGGCACCACCUUCAGCAAAUGGAGGCAGCUGGGAAGCGACGUGAUACGGGACGUUACAAAAUUUGGCCCCGCCAAGGUUACUCCGCCGGAAGAUACUCAACCUAAGGAAGAAACGACGACAGAAUCAACGAAAACGAAGUCGAAGACUGGGGACGAUUGUAGGGUGUGCCGGAAGUCCUUUGCGCCCGAAGAAUCUUCGAGAAUUUGCUGCGAGUGUCAACACAAAGUUUGCGAAGACUGCGCUUGCUAUUCGACGACAACGAAUUCCGAUGAUCCGUCGUCCUGGCGAUGCAGCGUUUGUCGACGAAAACUCGCGUCCCGGGACCAGCCAAUAGUCACUCAGGAGUCCACGGACUCGCUGCUGGAGGUCCCGGUUCUGGAGGCUCUUCAGAGGAGGCACAGCGACGCGAGGCUCGGUUGUCAGAGCGGAAGUCAAAUCGGUGGACUCGGGACCGGAUUGGCUCCUCCGAGAAGUCCGGAGCUCAGAAGGCACUCGGACGUCUCGCCCGCCAGUUUGAAAGAACUCGAGAAGUUUCGAAAGGUUGCAGGAGAACGCCGGGAAGACCUCAGGUGGGAAAGGGACUUGGAACGCAAGAGCAAGUCUAGGGCCACGUCUCCGGAUCGUCACCAGGUCGAUAGGGGAAGAGCUACCAGUCCCCAAAGGGUCGGCGUCGAAUCUUCUUCCAUCGUAGAUCCGUUGGAACCAGUUGACGUGGACGAGGAGGAAGAACGUCGAAGCAGGGCUCGUAGGACCAGUGGCACAGUUCGCGUUAAAUCGCGCAUGACUCGGCAGAGAUCAUACGACGACGAAAUGAAGAACAUGGUCGCAAUGUCCGGCAGUAGCGGUUAUCACGAGCAUCAGGAGCCAUGCUUGAGGCUUCCGGCGAUGUUGCCCAGACGGGCAUCGGCUUAUGACGUUUACGCCACCCCAGGCGUCGGAGGACUCAACGCCAUGGCCAUUGCGGCUGCCCAGCAGAGGGCAUCGAUCUCGACCCAAGGAAAUAGGAAACCGGAGGAAAGACCGACCAGUCGGAGAUCAUCGUUUCGUGCAACGAAGCCGGUGAUGCCAUACGAAGUUGGCGUCGAAGAUGGAAGCAUGAUGAGUUUGGAGGCAUCGCCUGUGCCAGUGAUUCCACCAGCGGUUGUAACUCAGCCUCCAGUUUUGAUUCCUGACGAGGAACGGCGCACCAGACGAAAAGGUUCUCAGUUACCGGAUAUAAACGCCAUAAAGGCGUUGGCAUCCGCCGUGGCAGGAUCCCCAAAGGUGGCUCCGUCGGCUGUAACCAGAGUGGCAGCCGAAGAUCGGGAACUGGCUCGACAAGGAAGUCUCGUGGAUGGAGAUAGCAUCAAAAUCGUUAUCCACCACGCAGACAACGAUAUGACUCCGUGGGUUAACUCGAAGAAGAGAAUCAAACUCAGAAGAGAUCCAGCUUUGGACAAAGGACACAGGACUACUGGUUUUGGCCUAAGAGUGGUGGGUGGUAAAACAGGGGCUGAUGGUCGUACUUUUGCAUAUGUGAUGUGGACUGUGGUGGAUGGACCGGCUGCAAAGGCUGGCAUACAACGCGGCGACAAGGUGUUAGAAUGGGCCGGGGUGUCUUUGGUGGAUCGAAGCUUCGACGAUGUCGCUCAAAUAACCGAGCGUGGCGACGAUGUGGUCGAGCUGGUGGUCGAGCACGUUGGCGACACCGGGGACUUGCCGGACGAUCUAGGUACGGUACCAACAUCGGGAAAAGUGCCGGGAAAUAUGGGCCUGCUGAUGGAAGCGGAAACGGAUAAAACACCCUCGUCACCGACGCGCAGGAAAUUGCCAAAGACGCCGGAGCAAAUCGCGAAAGAGAAGCAAGUGUCCGGCCGAGUGCAGAUUCAAGUCGUGUACGAGGCCGAUCGGAAAGAGCUGAUCGUUAGCGUUUUCAUGGCUGACAAUUUAUGCUCCAGGGAAGACACGAUCUACGGAACGCUACCGGAAGCGUACGCCAAGCUUAUUCUCGUUCCAGUAUGCGGGGAGCACACUACAUUGAAAACAGCGAUCGCGGAGCCGAGUCAAAAGCCAAUUUGGAACGCGACGUUGCUCUUUUCGGGUGUCGACGGAGAAAGCUUGUUGGAUUCCACGAUCGAAGUGACCCUCUGGGAUUUUUGUCCCGACGCCGAAAGUGUUUUUCUCGGCGAGUGCACCGUCGAUUUGGAGCAGGCACUCGACAAUGACAGAGCCGUAUGGUAUUUUCUGGAGGAUCCGCAUGGACUUCGCGCGAGAAAAUCGCCCUAUUGCUCGCCGCGUGGCUCCCUUUCGAUGGAAGUGGCCCACAGGCUAUUGCGGAAGGCGAACGAAUUGCGCGAGAGAAGUUACAGCGACGACACGCAAAGCGACAGCGGUAGCCCCGAGUUGGGCUUCCUGCAUCCGGAUCACGCGUUGCAUGCAGGCUCCAGGAGGGGAUCCAGCCAAUCCGAGCAGCUGGAAGUCGAACCGUACGAACUUAACAGAGAUUACAGUAGAUCUCUGCCUGGCAGCCGAAGGAGCAGUUUCCAAAGUCAAGGUGGCACGGAUUGCAAACGCGGAAGUGUGGGAGAAACGGAAAUGGGCAAGCACCAUAACCGCGACCGUCGACGGAGCUCGUACAGCAGGCAAAUGAGGGACACCGAUGAGUUUUUGGACAAUCUGCGAUCGUUUACAACGACUCUGCCGAAGAGGGAGCUCAGCAGGACGGCGAGUCUCACCGGAGACAAAAGACGCGACAGCCGGCAGGGUGAGCGCAAGGACAGCAUCAUGAAUAUUCCGGAAAGGUUUUCCGAACGCAGAACUGAAUCGGACGAGGACGACAAGAAGGAUCAGCCAGCGAGAAACGAAAAUGGUGUUGAACUGAAGUGUGGUCGAGGCCAGGUACAGCCGAAAGGAUUCAAGACGAUCGCUGGAGCUCAAAAUGGAGAGGUGAGGUUGGGAUUUUGCCUAAGCAAAACAACACUCGAGGUCGAUGUUGUGUCUGCCAGGAACAUUUGUCCGGAGGAGAAAGAAGAGCCAGAUACCUACGUGAAAACGUAUCUCCGAGACGGCGACAAAUGGCUGCAAAAGCGUAAAACGCGCGUAAUACGGCACUCGAGGAACCCGGAAUACCGACAGACCAUCAAAUACAACAGCUGCGAAGCCCUCGGUAGAAAUCUCCUCGUAAUGCUGUGGGAGAAGAAGCAGGCCUUCGAGAGUAAUCAGGGCUUAGGCGGAGCCGAAGUGAGCCUCGACGAUCUUCCAUUGAAUCGGUUGACCAUGGACUGGUAUCCGCUGUUCCCGAUUCACACACUCGGCACCCACACCGCGGACUCUCCAUGAUGGCUCAGGGAAAAAUGGGCCCUCGAGGCCGGCGAGCUCGACCUCAGGCUGAGCCUUCUGCUCAAAAACGAGGACGAGUCCGUCGUGAAAAUCAUCUCCUGAUGGAACCCAUUUACUAACGUUCCUUCCAGCCACCUCCAUUCGUUCUACUUUCCUCCAUUUUGGUUCUCGUCGCUGUUGUCAGCGUGAACACUUCUACAAAGCAUCGAAUUAUUUAUCCCCGGAUGCGUAAACAGACCCUGGCGCGGUGGCACAGCAGAAUCUCUGUCGUUCGGAGUCUUCCAGACGACGAAAGGAAAAUUACGUUUGCUUUCAAAGAAAAUGUUAACAACUGGAGUUAGACGAAAACAUAAACAACUGUGUACUGAAAUAACUGUCUGCUCGGUAUUAUCGUAGAGACAAAUCCCAAUGUAAUUCAAUGUUGUUCGUGGAUGGGGUCUCCUGUUUCGGUUUGAUCCUUUCUAGAGGAUACACACUGUUUACACAGGCUGCGUACACGUAACGCUGAAUUCCUACGGUGUGUUGACGCAGAUGGAACGAGGUUAGGUCCCUAAGCUCCGGAGCUUAUGUCGUACGGCACUGGUGAACCUGGGUGCUCCAUAUUUGGUCUCUUUGACCCAUUAUUUGUUCUAAAGUCAAAUCGGGCUAACGAAAGAAACAUCUGUUGUGGAAGAGCGUGGAAAGUAACCAUGAAGGGCGAAAGGAAAUCUAAAACAAUUUCACAAGUUUUUGACUUGUAUACAGAGUAAUCAAAUUUCUUUGUUUCUAACACGCUUUAAAUAAUAUUGUGGGGGUCACCGAUGACCGACAGCGACGCAACCAAUAGUAAAAACACACAAUUGGAGUAAAUAUCGAUACUGAUAAAUUUCUCAAUAAUACCAUUGUUAUUAUAAUGGUUUGAAGAAAUUAAUGCCAUACAGAACAUACAAAAAUAAUUUUAUUAAUACGUGAAAAAUACACAUAUCAUCUGUGCAUAUUGCGAUGAGUUACAUUGGAACACUCUAGGCAUAUCGUUUGGAGGGUCUUUGUAUGACUGCAUAAUCUUCAUUUGGAGUCAUAUU